GAUAUACUUGUGUUUUGACUUCCUCCCUCCCCGUUUUAUCAAAGUUUAUAAUAAUUUCCUGAUUUACCAUGGAUAUUUUAGGCAGUUGGCUGUAAAUAUUUGUUCUGAUGAAAAGUUUUCGUUCCAGGUUGUCCACUCGGAGUAGAGGUUCCUCCAUACGAGGCGUGGGCGAGGAUGCAGAAAUUUCAUUAAGGGAUAUUUGUGAUACAAGCAUGUCAUCACAAGUUAUUGUCUCCCCUGAGAAGGUAUACUCCACUGGACUACUCGAAGGUAUCCAACGUUUAUGGAGUACCGGAGAUCAUUCGGAUGUCAUAAUUCUUGUGGGAGAGAAGACAUUCAAAUGUCACAAAUUUAUGUUGGCAGCAGUAUCCACAUACUUCGACGCCAUGUUUUCUUCCGGCAUGCGCGAAAGUGUAAGUGGUGAAGUAACUUUUCCGGAAAUGGACCCCGAUCUGUUUGAUUGUGUGAUUAAGUUUGUAUAUAGCGGCGAUAUUGAACUCACGAUAGACAAUGGAGUCGAAAUUCUCAGUAUUGCAUCUGUUUUGCAAAUCAAAAUGCUACAGCAAAUUUGUGAAGAUUUUCUCUAUCCACAUAUUACAUCCGAAAAUUGUUUGAAAAUUUGGAAACUUGCAUCAUUUCAUGAUUGCCAUAACCUUGCUAACCAUGCAAUAAAAAUUGUUGCUGCCAACUAUCAAGAAAUUCGUAAAACUAGUGACUUUGUUGAAUUAGAAGGUAAAGAGCUUGCAAGCAUAAUGAAAGAGGACAACCUACAGAUCGAAAGCGAGGAUCGACUCUGUGAUACGGUUUUUCAGUGGCUUGAACACGAUUUAGAAAAACGAAAGAAAUUUUGCGGCAAUCUUUUUGAAAACAUUCGCCUGUCAUUCCUUAAUCCGGAAUAUUUACUAACGAUCGAGGACCGUCAUGACUUUCUCAAAGAUGAUUUAGAGACAAUGAAAUACAUCAACGAAGCAAAGAAAUACCAUCUUCUACCUGCUCGACAGCAGGACAUUUGCAACAAGCAGACACGAUAUCGUCUGUCGUCCGGAACAGAAGAAGUGGUUGUACUCUUAGGAGGAUGCGAAUCUACCACCCCACCGUACAUUAGAAGUCUGCAGGUCAUAUGUUACAGUUUCCAGAGUAAAGAAUGGUUUGAGUUAUCUGCCCUUCCUUAUGAUCCUGGCAUAGAGUUUGCUUCUUGCACUUACAAGAAUGAUAUUUUCGUGUCGGGCGGGGGGUCAAUGCAGAAUUGCCUUCUGAGAUACGACGCAGACAAGAACAAAUGGGUUCAAAUGGCAACAAUGAAAAGCGGAAGGCGCCGCCAUUCUGUCGUUGCUGUAACUGGUGGCCUUUAUGCGUUAGGCGGAUACGACAACAAACUGGAAGAUGGCUCGCGCAUGCUCUCAAGUAUCGAAUUGUACGACAUCCGCGAAGACGAAUGGUCAGAAGUAGGUCAGUUGCCAAUUGCAAUCAGUUCAUUUUCAGCAGCAGUGGUUGGUGAAAAUAUUUUUACCUUUGGAGGUGAAAAGAACGAUCGGAAGGACACCGCUUUCAUUCAAUGCUUUGAUACACGCAUGCGUCAGUCAUGCAAGCUUGAUGCCAAAAUUCCUAUGGCUUGUAAGCUUACACGUUCCGUUGCUGUAAACAGCAGAGUGUUCCUGAUUUUCUAUGAUGGCCGUGUCGUUGAAUUUUGCAAAGACACAAAAGAAAGUAGGAAAACGUAUUGCCGAACCGUCGGUAGACUAACAGCCUAUCAGAGAAUUCAUUUCGGCGUCAUACAUUACCAAGGUAACAUUAUCGUUCUUGGUGGCGAAAUUGAAAGUAACACGCUUUGUAAAGAUCUUAUAAUGUUUGAUCCUUCAACUUCUGGAUGUACGACAUUAAGCGAUACACUUCCGGCACCACGACUGAUAGACGGCUGCGUCAAAAUAGCUGCGCUGAAAAAGCACAUGAAACCUUUGCAAAAAUGAAACAAUCCGCGUAUUACUUGUGAUAGAGAACGUAAAUGAAGAUUGGCGAUGUUGCAAUUAAAUGGCUUUUUAUUCAUCAGUACACAACAGUUACUAUGCAUGAUUUUAUUUUAAAAUUUAUAUUUUGCCAUUUUCUUAAAUUGAAUUAUUUAUUGUUUUUACAAUUUCUUUACAAUGUUAUUUAUGAAGGAUUUGACCGAUUUUGUUGAUACACAUGUGCAUUGCUGGAUCAGUGUGUCCGUUCUGGCCGUCUGCAUGUUUGUUCAAGUUUGUCAUGCAGCCGUAUGCCACGUGACUGGUUUGGUGCAUGCUGACCUCCCCCUUUAAUAAAUUCUAAAGUUCCAUAAAUUAUAUCGAUAAAGCUUUGUGUGAUUUAAAAAAGAUAUGUCUGCAAAGUACGGAUUAUUAUGAUUUUUUUUAACAUUUCUUGCAUUCUAACAAGAGUUUACGUGAUAGGAAGUUUUAUAGCCGCUAUGUUGUUAGCAGUUUCUUUUCAAGGCAUAUUAUACAGACCUAAAUCUACCCUUCUGUACCAUUUUAGCUCCCUUCGGCAGCUUGCUAGGUUAAUUCAAUACAAAAUUCGUUUUUGGAUGAAAAAAUGUACAUUUUUAGUAAUGAACAAGUCAGUAUCCAUCCUUUAACGACGUGUUUGACCUUUGACGUGGCCGUCCACAUGUGUAUCUAUGUACUAUCACUUAAGGUGGGUGAUUGGUUCUCAUGUCACCGCUUUCCAAACUUCUUCUUAUGUCUACAUAUAUAUAUAUAUAUAUAUGAAUUUGUAUUUAGAAGGGAAAAAAAUAGUUCCGCUAAUUGGCAAAUAUUUUUAAAAUGUUGACGAAUUAUUUGAUCAAACAAUAGCUAUUUAUUAAGAUUAUAGAAAUGAUUGAAUUAACAUGCGAUUAAUUUCAUGUUAACAACUAAAAAAAUUCACGAUGUUAACAUGUUUAACCAAACAUUCACGAUUUUAAUAAAAAAAAAUAAUCAGUUUUGAGCGUUGCAGUAAAAAGAUGAUAACAAUGCAUUGUCUCGGAUAUAAUUUGUGUUUUUUUGUACUCGGCAAGCCUCGCAUUUGUACCUGUUUUUAAAACCUAAAAAAAUUAGGGAUCAGAUUUUUAUUUUAUUUUUCAAAGUAACAUAAAAGAAAUUACAUGUAUUUGAAAUGUGUGUCAACAGUUCUUUUUUAUACGACCGCAAAAAAAUUUUUGUGGUCGUAUAUUGGUAUGACGUUGGCGUUGGCGUCGUCGUCGUCGUCGUCCGUCGUCGUCGUCGUCGUCGUCGUCUGGCGUCGUCCGGCGUCGUCCGAAGACACAUUGGUUUUCGCACUCUAACUUUAGUUUAAGUGAAUGGAUCUUUAUGAAAUUUUACCACAAGGUUCAAUACCACAAAAGGAAGGUUGGGAUUGAUUUUGGGGGUUGUGGUAAUAACAGUAAAGGAAUUAGGGGCCAAAAAGGGGCCAAAAAUAAGCAUUUUUGUAACUUCCAGACAUAACUUGUGUGUUAGUGUAUGGAUCUCUCUGACAUUGUACCACAAGGUUCCAUAUCACUAAAGGAAUGCUGGGAUUGAUUUUGGGGGUAAUUGCCUCCAAAUUUUAGGAAUUAGGGGCCAAAAAAGGGGCAAAAAACAAGCAUUUUUCUAGUUUCAUGACAAUAACUUGUGUGUAAGUGUAUGGAUCUUUCUGAAAUUGUACUACAAGGUUCCAUAUCACAAAGGGAAAGCUUGGUUUGAGUUUGGGGGUAAUUGCCCUAAACGUUUAGGAAUUUGGGGCCAAAAAGGGGCCAAAAAACACAUUUUUUUCUAGUUUCCAGACAAUAACUUGUGUUCAAGUGUAUGGAUCUCUCUGAAAUUGUACUGCAAGGUACCAUACUACAAAGGGAAGGCUGGGAUUGAGUUUGGGGGUGAUGAAUCAUAAUGGGGGUUCAAAAAAUUUUGGGGGGGGGAUUUAUUUUUUUUUCCUUUUUUUUCUUUUUUUCCUUUUUUGUUUCUUUUAAAAUUUUCCAUUUUAAGUUGGUUAUAUCUGAUUUAUAUUUAAAAUCAAAUAAUAAUGAUAUGGUAGGAGAUACACACCAAACAGGAUGUGUAAAUUAUUAUAUAAUAAGUAUUGUGCAAUAGCAAGAAAUUUUCAAUUGCACAGUAUUGCACAAUAGCAAGAAAUCUUCAAUUGCACAGUAUUGCGCAAUAGCAAGAAAUCUUCAAUUGCACAGUAUUGCGCAAUAGCAAGAAAUAUCCAAUAGCACAAUAUUGCGCAAUAGCAAGAAAUUGUCAAUUGUACAGUAUUGCGCAAUAGCAAGAAAUAUUUAAUAGCACAGGAUUGUGCAAAAGAAGAUACUUCCUAUAAAUUGCUUAUUUCUUGACCAAUUUCAAUGGGGUUUUAUUCUUGAUUUCAUGGGGUUCUUUAAUAUGCUGAAUCUAACCGUGUAUUUAGUUUUUGGAUUUUGGGCCCCGUUUUUAAAUUGGUCCACAUUGAGGUCCAAAGGGUCCAAAAUUAAACUUUGUUUGAUUUCAUCAAAAAUUGAAUUAUUGGGGUUCUUUGAUAUGCCGAAUCUAACUAUGUAUUUAGAUUCUUAAAUUUUGGUUCCGUUUUCAAAUUGGUCUACAUUAAGGUCCAAAGGGUCCAAAAUUAAACUUAGUUUGAUUUUAACAAAAAUUGAAUUCUUAGGGUUCUUUGAUAUGCUGAAUCUAAACUUGUAUUUAGAUUUUUGAUUAUGGGCCCAGUUUUCAAGUUGGUCCAAAUCGGGGUCCAAAAUUAAACUUUGUUUGAUUUCAACCAAAAUUGAAUAUAUGGGGUUCUUUGAUAUGCUGAAUCUAACCAUGUACUUAGAUUUUUGAUUUUUGGGCCCCGUUAUCAACUUUGUCCACAUUGAGGUCAAAAGGGUCCAAAAUUAAACUUUGUUUGAUUUCAUCAAAAAUUGAAUUAUUGGGGUUCUUUGAUAUGCCGAAUCUAACCGUGUAUUUAGAUUCUUAAUUUUUGGUUCCGUUUUCAAAUUGGUCUACAUUAAGGUCCAAAGGGUCCAAAAUUAAACUUAGUUUGAUUUUAACAAAAAUUGAAUUCUUAGGGUUCUUUGAUAUGCUGAAUCUAAACAUGUAUUUAGAUUUUUGAUUAUGGGCCCAGUUUUCAAGUUGGUCCAAAUCGGGGUCCAAAAUUAAACUUUGUUUGAUUUCAACAAAAAUUGAAUAUAUGGGGUUCUUUGAUAUGCUGAAUCUAACCAUGAAUUUAGAUUUUUGAUUUUUGGGCCCCGUUAUCAACUUUGUCCACAUUGAGGUCAAAAGGGUCCAAAAUUAAACUUUGUUUGAUUUCAUCAAAAAUUGAAUUCUUGGGGUUCUUUGAUAUGCUGAAUCUAACCAUGUAUUUAGAUUUUGGAUAUUGGACCAUAAUAGGUGAAUGUCCAAUUUAAAAUUUUUAAGUUCUUAGACCACAUUCAAUCUGUGUUAGAAACCUAUGCUGUGUCAAAUAUUUAAUCACAAUCCAAAUCCAAAGCUGUACCAAGCUUGAAUGUUGUGUCCAUACUUCCCCCAACUGUUCAGGGUUCGACCUCUGCGGUCGUAUCAAGCUGCGCCCUGCGGAGCAUUUUAUUCUAGUUUAUGGUUAAAUGGUAUAUUUUUUAUCUUGUAUACUAAACAAAUGUAUAAUACAUGGAAAUGAACAGCAAACCUAGGAAGAUUUCGUCUAGCCAAAAAAAAAGAAUAUAUUUUGAAGGCCGGAAACAGGCUGUUAUUUUUUCUAUUAAAUCAAUGAGUCGAUGGAUGGGUGAGGUGGAAUUAAAUAACAAAAUCAUGUACUCUGUAACCGGAAACAUAACAUUGUUUUUAAUUUUCGCCUAUUAAUAUAUAUUUAAGUAUGUCAAUAUUUCGUAAAACGUAAAUAUGAGAUCUCUGUUGUUUGUGUAUAAUUUUUUAUGAUGUCAUAAGAUUUUUUACUUUAAUGUUUACUUACUGUUGGGAGCAGUCAUUUGAUGAUUUUUAAGAUGGUCACAAAGCAUGGAAAUGGGAAGGGAAGAAGUUGUGGAAUUGCAAUGUGGCAAUCUUAAUUUGAAAAAGUAAACCGUGGUUCCUCAUGUUCCUUGUGUGCCUUUUGGCAGAAGUGUCUAGACAUGCUAGAAGUGUAAGAGUAAAUUAUAGACACUACUUGUAUAAAAGACUUUUAUCUUACAUGCAUCGGUUUGGAAAUCCGCUCGAACUACAACUUCUUCCGUUUGCAUAAAAAGUGAACGUUCGAGUAUUCUUUUUUUUUUUCUAAAAUGUUAUAUUGUAUAUACAAGGUUUUUGUAUACGGAACUGGGAUUAUUCAGAACAAUUUACACAAACACUUCGAUGGCCUUAAUUUGAAGUAAUUUUUAAUGUUACUUUUUAUUUAUUAUCUUUUACAUUUUGUAUCGUUAAAAAAGUAAUAAAUAUGGAAACGGAAA